AUGCGUAUCUUCUUGGUCGAUGAAUUGUUGGUUUAUGUGAUGAAUGCGCUUGUUGGAUUGAUCACCGAGCCAGAGCCAGACCAUCCGCUUCGAGCCGAUCUCGCCGAAGAAUUUGCGAAAGACAGGAAAAAGUUCAAUAAGAAUGCGGAGGACUUUACGAAGAAAUUUGCAGUGAAACGGCCGGAAGGCUAUUAA